CCUGCAGACAGACACACACAAACACUCAAAGAGAAUGGACUAGAAAAAAACACUGGCUUUAUCACCCAGAGGAUUUUUUCUCCCUGUUUUUUUUUUUUUUUUUGUUGUUGUUUUGCCAUAAUUUUUCACUCACUUUUGCUUCAAGCUCGAAUCUCUUUAAUCACCUCUUUCUGUUUUUUUCCCCCCUCUCUAUCACUUCCAGCCUCUUGUCCCCACUGAUUUGAUCCACUCGUUGAUUUAUUUCUUGUUUCAUUUUUUUUCCUUUUUUCUUUUGGCAUCUAAAACAUUUCAUUUUCUACCUCAGAUCACAGAUCUUUGACUGGGCUUGCGUUAGAGAGGAGUAUCUAUUUAUUUUGGUGACGUAAUUUUCCAGCUCAUCAAUUUUAUUACUCUUUACUGAAAUACAAAGGGCAGGUUGUUCAUGAAUAUUUAUGAGCAUUUUAGAAAAAUAGACGCUUAAAGGAUGUAAAGAAUUAACUGAAUCAUUUGGUGUGUCUGUGUGUGUGUAUGAGAGAGAGAUGUGUGAGCUACAGAGAGGCACAGAAUUAGAUAGAUGCAUAGCAAAGUGAAGCAAACCACACAACUCAUUUCCUUGUCCAUCUCCUUUUGUAUAUUUCCACCUUUUUUUUCCAAAGGAGAUUUAAUGCCUCUCCUCUACAUUGCACGAAGAUAAUGGGAAGUGGGACUUUUUGAGCAGCCGGCACAGUGCUAAAAAAGGCACUCUGGAUAUAGCUGUUCUCCUGUGGAAUUACCCUUUAAAUCCUGGAUUUGGUUCCAUUUGAAAAAAAAUUAACAAUUAUCAAAAACUGUCCUAAAUUCGGGACUUAAUUUUUUUUUUUUCUUUUUGAUAUUUUCUUCUAAUGGACUGAAGCUGAUUUCAAUAUUUCCUUUUCAACUAUUGAAUCUUUAAUGGGAUUUCACUAACACGGAUUAAAGACUCAAGCAACAUCUUUGUCUAUUAGUUGGUGUAAUAGUCAGGAUUUCUUGCAGUUUUCUCCGGCCUACCAAACUGAUUAAAUUAAAGUAUUUCUCAGUGUUAAGGGUUAAAUAGACUGGCCAACGUCAGAAAAACAAGCGACGCUGAGCAUCUUUUCGGAGGAGCGAAGGGGAGAACAAAAGUGAAGCUGCUCCUGUGGAGUACAAUUACCUCGAAAUUGCUGCUUUGCCCUCUUGACCCGCUGAGGAUUUUUUUGUACCUAAAACUGCUUUCAGCCUCCCUCAGUCUGAGGCUAUGAGAGGGAGAGAGGAGUCCCAGGCUGUACCAUCAUGCUACUUCUGAGACGCCGGGAUGAGACUUUGGCUGGCAAAACACAAGGUAUUACCCUCCCACUCCUCCACCAUGCCUGUCUGCAGCUGCCACAGCCCCUCACCCCAUUGUGGUCACACCGGGGUCUCCUCCUUCGCCCCGGCACUCGCUCAAAAGCAAGAGAAGCGAGGUCGACACCCACCUCUGCCUCCUUCACUCCACUGCUGCACCAGCGCCUCUUUACACCUCUCCCUUCUUCUCUUGCUGCUUUUCCUUCUCCACCUGCCCCCGGCCUGCCACUCACGGAGGGAGAAGGGUGGGGGAGGUGGCGGCGGCCACUACAUCCCCAUCCCCCAACCUCCUCCUCACCACAUGGCUCUGCCCAACAUCCUGAGGGGCCUCAGCAUCGCCGUUGUCCUGGUGGGCAACUCCAGCGAGGUGGCGCUGGCUGGUGCCCGUGAGAAGGAGGACUUCCUCCACAUGGCACCCAACGUGGAGGUGCUGACCAUGAAUGAGACGGACCCUAAAAGCAUCAUCAAGAGCAUCUGUGACCUGAUGACCGAGCACUGGCUGCAAGGCGUGGUGUUUGGUGAUGACACCGACCAGGAGGCCAUCGCUCAGAUUCUGGACUUCAUCUCAGCCCAGACCCACAUCCCCAUCCUUGGAGUCCGUGGAGGCUCCUCCAUGAUCAUGGCUGCCAAGGAUGACAACUCUAUGUUCUUUCAAUUCGGCCCCUCCAUUGAGCAGCAGGCUUCAGUCAUACUUAACAUCAUGGAAGAAUACGACUGGUACAUCUUCUCCAUUGUCACCACAUACUACCCGGGUUACCAGGACUUUGUCACCAAGAUCCGUAGCACCAUCGAGAACAGCUUUGUGGGCUGGGAACUGGAGGAAGUUUUACUCCUUGACAUGUCCGUAGAUGAUGGAGAUUCAAAGAUUCAGAACCAGCUGAAGAAGCUGCAGAGCCCCGUCAUUCUUCUCUACUGCACAAAAGAAGAAGCCAAUACCAUCUUCGAGGUGGCUCACUCUGUAGGGAUCACUGGCUACGGCUACACAUGGAUAGUGCCCUCUCUGGUCGCUGGAGACACUGUUGUAGUGCCUGCAGAGUUCCCCACAGGUCUGCUCUCCGUGUCCUACGAUGAGUGGGACUAUGGCCUCGAGGCCCGUGUUCGUGACGGAGUUGCCAUUAUCACCAUGGCAACCUCCACCAUGAUGAUGGACCGUGGCCCUCACACGCUGCUCAAGUCUGAGUGCCAUGGAGCUCCUGAAAAGAAGACCCCAAUCUCAGGCAACCCCAAUGAAGUGCUCAGGUACCUGAUGAAUGUGACGUUUGAGGGGCGUAAUCUGUCGUUCAGCGAGGACGGAUACCAGAUGCACCCCAAGCUGGUCAUCAUUCUGCUCAACAAGGAGAGACAGUGGGACAGGGUGGGUAAAUGGGAGAAUGGUUCCCUAUCCAUGAAGUACCAUGUGUGGCCUCGCUAUGAACUAUAUGGGGGGGCUGCAACCAGGGAGGAUGACCACCUGUCCAUUGUAACAUUGGAGGAGGCUCCGUUCGUCAUUGUGGAGGACGUGGAUCCACUUAGUGGGACCUGUAUGAGGAACACUGUACCCUGCCGGAAACAGAUCAAAACAAUUAAUCAGACCAAGGAGUCAGGGAUCUACAUCAAGCGCUGCUGUAAGGGUUUCUGUAUUGACAUCCUUAAGAAGAUUGCCAAGUCUGUCAAGUUCACCUAUGACCUUUACCUGGUUACUAACGGCAAACACGGCAAGAAAAUCAAUGGGACUUGGAACGGCAUGGUAGGAGAGGUGGUGUUAAAGAAUGCCCACAUGGCUGUCGGCUCCUUGACCAUCAACGAGGAGAGGUCAGAGGUCAUCGACUUCUCCGUCCCCUUCAUUGAGACGGGCAUCAGUGUCAUGGUCUCCCGAAGCAACGGCACCGUUUCACCCUCGGCCUUCUUAGAGCCCUUCAGUGCGGAUGUGUGGGUGAUGAUGUUCGUGAUGCUGUUGCUGGUGUCAGCAGUGGCUGUGUUUGUAUUCGAGUACUUCAGCCCUGUGGGCUACAACCGCUGUCUGGCUGACGGCAAAGAGCCUCAUGGUCCAUCUUUCACCAUUGGUAAGGCCAUCUGGCUGCUGUGGGGUCUGGUCUUCAACAACUCUGUGCCUGUGCAGAACCCCAAAGGUACCACCAGUAAGAUCAUGGUGUCAGUGUGGGCCUUCUUCGCUGUCAUCUUCCUGGCCUCUUACACUGCCAACCUGGCCGCUUUCAUGAUUCAAGAGGAAUAUGUGGAUCAGGUAUCUGGUCUGUCAGACAAAAAGUUCCAAAGCCCCAAUGACUUCUCACCUCCAUUCCGGUUCGGCACUGUCCCAAACGGGAGCACAGAGAGAAACAUUAGGAACAAUUAUCCAGAGAUGCAUUCCUACAUGACGAAGUUUCAUCAGAGGAACGUCAAUGAGGCCCUGCAGAGUCUCAAGUCUGGCAAACUAGAUGCUUUCAUUUAUGAUGCGGCCGUGCUCAACUACAUGGCUGGCAGGGAUGAGGGCUGCAAGCUGGUGACCAUUGGCAGCGGCUACAUCUUCGCCACCACAGGGUACGGCAUCGCCAUCCAGAAGGAGUCGCUCUGGAAGAGACACGUAGACCUGGCCAUCCUGCAGCUCUUUGGAGACGGUGAGAUGGAGGAGCUGGAGUCCCUGUGGCUGACCGGAAUCUGUCACCACGAGAAGAACGAAGUCAUGUCCAGUCAGCUGGACGUGGACAACAUGGCCGGUGUCUUUUACAUGCUCGGCGCCGCCAUGGCUCUGUCCCUCAUCACCUUCAUCUGCGAGCACUGGUUCUACUGGCAGCUGCGCUUCUGCUUUAUGGGCGUUUGCUCCGGCCGGCCCGGCUUCGUUUUCAGCAUCAGCAGGGGAAUCUACAGCUGUAUUCACGGGGUGCAGAUUGAAGAGAAAAGCAGCUCAGCAUUGAACUCACCAUCAGCCACCAUGAACAACACCCAUUCCAACAUUAUGCGCCUCUUACGCACCGCCAAGAACAUGGCCUCCCUGUCAGGGGUGAACGGCUCUCCACACAGCGCUCUGGACUUCAUCCGCCGUGAAUCUUCUGUUUAUGACAUCUCGGAGCACAGGCGCAGCUUGGCAGGCCACUCUGACUGCAAGCCACCUUACAUACCAGAAGACAACAUGUUCAGCGACUACAUCAGUGAGGUGGAGAGGACGUUUGGCAACCUCCACCUGAAAGACAGUAAUUUGUACCAGGACCACUACCUGCACCACCACGGCUCAACACUAGGGCUCAGUGGGCCUCCCCCUAACAGACCCCACAGUUUGGGCAGUGCUAGUUCUCUGGAGGGCGGCAUGUUCGACUGUGACAGCCUGGGUGGAGGAGUGGCCCCUAUUUUCACUACCCAGCCUUGUUCAGCACUAACUCACAGAAACAUGAGUAAAUUUGACCUGUUGUCCGGACAGACUCCCCCCUCAGGACAGAGCUUCAAGGGUGGCCUGCCUGACCUGUAUGGGAAGUUCUCCUUCAAGGGAGGCGCUUCAAGCUCCACCUACAUCCCUGGGCAUGGCUACUGUGGAGGGAGAGGAGAUGACGAUGGGAAUAUUCGUUCUGACGUCUCAGAUAUUUCCACGCACACCGUCACAUAUGGAAACCUCGAGGGUAAUGCCAAGAAACGUAAACAAUACCGUGAUAGCUUGAAAAAGAGGCCAGCCUCUGCCAAGUCCAGACGGGAGCUGGACGAGAUUGAGCUGGGCUACAGGAGAAAACCUUAUCACAUCAGCCACCACCACUACCACAGCCAACGCUCUACCUCCCCGCCACUUUUACCCCCCGAACGCAAGAGAGGGGGAGGGGGCGGAGGAGGAAACAAUGAUGGGAACUAUCUCUUCAGGGAAAAGGAGAGCGUUAGGGAUUUUUAUUUGGACCAGUUUCGGCCCAAAGAGGGCGUACCUCAAUGGGAACAUGUGGACCUGACAGAGGGCCCUGGGAAUCGAGAAGGAGGGGUGGCGACCUGCACUUCCCUGGUUCCAGUGGAUGACUUUCUAAAGAGCAAACCCAAAAAAUCUGAUUCAAAGAGUGGUGGAGGAUCUGGCCUGGCAGGGGGAGAGUGGGAAUGCAGGAACUGUCGGGCCAGCGGGGGAGGAGGGGGCAAACAGAUGUCCCUGCAUGGAGGAGGAGGCAGUGGCGGGUAUGGUGGUGGUAUGAGCUGUGGGUCAUCGGGAGGCGGAGGAAACAGCCGCCCAAGCUCUGCAACUUGCAUGCGCUGUGAGGGCUGUAAAAAGACAGGAAACCUCUACGACAUCAGUGAGGACAACAACCACCUCUUGGAACAGAUGGGGGGAGGGCAAGGUGGGGUAGGAGGUGGAGGAAUGGGUGCAGGCCCCCAGUCUCAAUCUCAGGCCCAGCAGAGGAGGAAAGGCGGAGGAUUUGGAAAGCCACUAAGGCGGCAGCACUCAUAUGACGCCUUUGUUGACCUUCAGAAAGAGGAGUCAGGUGGGAUGGGGAGUUUGAUAGGGGGCUUAGGAGGUGGAGGGAUGGGUGGUGCUGGUAUGGCGGGGAUGCUGCCCCCACCCAGGAGUGUUAGUUUGAAGGAGAAAGAACGCUACAUGGAGGGCACCAGCCCUUUUGCACACAUAUUUGAACGUCACGGUGGCUCAGAGAGAGAAAGGGAAAGAGACAGGGACCCGUUGUUUUACGGAGGUGACAGUAGGAAAGGACCCGGCUCACCUUUUGGUUUGUUCCGAGGUGGUGAGGGCCUUCACCGCCGCUCCAUCGGAGAAAGAGACAUGAGAGACAGGGAUAGGUCUUUGAUGGAAGGAGGAGGCGGGGCGGCAUUCUCUUUAUCAAAAUCUCUUUACCCCGAUCGGGUAAACCAAAACCCCUUUAUUCCUACUUUUGGUGAUGACCAGUGUCUGAUGCACGGAGCCAAACAAUAUUACAUGAAAAAGCAACAGCAGCAGCAACAAGGCCAAAACAGCCGAAGUGACUUUAGGAGCCAGAUGAGCGCGACGUCAUAUCUGCCAGCGUCUGCCACGGCCGGGGUGAUGUCCAACGUCACCCCUCGGUUCCCAAAAGAGCUCAGCCUCGGUGGAAUGAACCACCAUGGCUCGAUGCUGGGGGUCGGCCCCCCGCGUCCCUUCAAUGGAAGCAAUGGCCAUGUGUAUGAGAAACUCUCCAGCAUUGAGUCUGAUGUGUGAGAGAAAUAAAGGUGGGAGGAGGAGCGGAGAACAACGAGGUAGAAGGAGACGAAUGGAGGCGUGUAGUGUUAGAAGAUCAGGGAUGAUUUUAAAAAACACUGUCCACACACUGCAACCAUAGUCCAUCUGAGACGAUGUGAGCUACAGGAGGGAAAGACUGACUGGCGAUAACAGGCAGAGGGUGUGAUUUAGAAAUGGAAGGGAAUUUUGUAAGAAACUUAGGUACAAAAUAUCAGGACACCCUGAGGAGCUGUGGGAUUUAACCCUCUCUCAGAAAUGGCCAAAGCUACUCUACUUUUAUGUGCACACACAGUUCACAUUCCCCUCCAUCUCACAAACAUACUCAAGCUCGAGUCCAUCACCUCGUCCACCAGCGAGGCAGAAGUCAAUGUACUUGAUUUUUAUCGCGAAGUGGCGACACCUCAUCUUAGCUUGAUACUGGAAUGUGUGAGCCUUGGUGAGAUUUGAUGGGCUGUCUGAGAGCUCCCACGGAGGGAGGAAAAAGACUGCGAGAUCGGAGAGAGAGGAGCGAACUGCCCAUCUGGCCCUGUGUCAGAGCAGAGAGGAGACAUUGUCACGUUUAGCAGAGCUACGACAGGAGAUGACUGGAAGGAGACAGCCUGGUCUGUCCAUUUUUCUCCAUCCCACUCUUCUGUUCUCCCUCUCCCUCGCUCCUCCUCCUCGUCCUCCUCCUCACCCCUGACGCCAAAAGAGCUGAUCUUGUUUGCAAUGAGAAAUACAAUCAUGAAUGAUAAUAACAUAUUCUUAUAGAAAACACAGGGUAUAAGAACAACAAUAAUUGUGAAUAACAAAGAUGUUAGUAUUGAUUAUGAUAACACUUACAAUGCUUAUAAUCUCACUAAGUUUUUCUUGUUUUCUGUUCUGUUGGUACAAUAUUUCACUACUGUUUUAGUACCUGUAGUUGUAACCUCUGUCUGCCCCUGGUGGUACCAGGAAGGUUGUUUAGUUCAACCAACAAGCAAGAAAGACUGAGUCCUUAACUCCUGUUCUUCUGUUUUCUGUGGAAUAUUUUACUCCAUGAUCAUAUGUUUAUUUGCUCCUUGUGGAAAAACAGGAUCUCGAAGACACGUUUAAGAGCUUACGGAUCCUUAUUUGAUGUUUCAACACAUAACAAUUCAAGUGCACACACUUUAACACAUAGAGUUUUUUGUCCACUUGUGUUAACUGUGAACGACGCGUUUCGUCAGAAGCUGAUAGCUGAAGAUACUGAGAGGAAGGACGUGCCUUAAUGGUCUCCAGUGGAUGUUUCCUCCAGUUCACACGUGGUCCAUGCGCAGCAGCACCAGGACAGACCAGCAUGCUCUUUUUUAGGCUGCUCGGGUGUUCUCUCUCUCUCUCUCUCUCUCUCUCUUUCGUCUCUAUCUCUUUCUUGCUCUCUCUUUCUCGUUGUGUUUAUGAGCCAGAACUGCAGUAAAAAUUUACAGCAGGCUUGAGGUGCUGCUGCCGCCGCUGCUGCUGAUGGUUUAGGGAUGUUUUAUAACUUCGUAAAAUUAUUUCAUAUAAGUACGGGCAGCGCUUUAUGAACCUGCCACAGUUGUAUUCAGGAUGUCCCACUGUCACAGAAAGACCACGUCUUAUUUCACAGUAUGGCAGCCUUUAGACCAACACUUUUAUUCAGGUUACAUGACAACAGUCACCAGGCACUUACUUUUUUCGGCCUCUCACUAGUAUCUCGUAGAAGGCUUCACUUUUCACUAAGCGGUCUGAGGAAAGCUUUGUGGUGUACUUUGUUCGGACGUUGUGCGUGAUUAAUAUAAUAUGCAGUGUUUGUAUCUGUAGGCGAAAGCUACAAAAGUGUUGUUGCCCCGUGACAAUGAUGCUGAUAAAAGCCUGAGCUAAGGAGGAUGUCUAUUUGAGAGAGGCCUCUUUAACACUGACAGCGGCCAUUUUGCAAAAACGUUCCAGCUUUUUUCUUUUUCUUUUUUUUUUUUUUAGAACUGAUGUGGAAAGUCGUUUCAGCUGGAGAGGCCUCAUUUAUUGCACAGGACCUUUUACUUAUUGUAGGUUCAGGCACUCAGUAGACAUGCCUUAUCAUCCCAACCCCCCCCACCCCACCCCAGCCCAGCCCGAGCUGUCUGAUGAUGACUCAUCAUAUUACUGUACAGAAUAAAGCCUCUAUUAGUUAUUUAAAGGUUUGAUCUUCGAUUAGCUGGUGAUGUCAGAAGUUCAAGGGCUGCAGGAGAUUAUGCAGGAGUGCUGAACUGAGUUUGGAGCUGCUGGAGUGUGCAGACUUAUCUCCUCCUCCGAUCUGAACGCACCAGUGUAAUAGGUCGGCGUGCGUGCGGAGGGAAGCAAAUCACGAUUGAACGAUAACAGCUGUUUUUUUCCUCUCACUAACCUGCUGAUAACUAUUCAUAAAUUCAACAGCCUAUCCUUCUCUCUUGCUCCACAGAUAACACUGUCAAAGUGAGACUGAUCGAGUUAGCCUUAAAUCAAACAGAUUCAUACCCCCCCGCCCCACCCCCCUCCACAUGGCUCUCCUUAUAAAUAGAUUGGGAUCUCUGGAAUUUUUAUACGCACACAUUUUGAAAGUUCAGGUCGACCAUUAUCAGCGAGACGGUAUAAGCAGGAGAGGUGGGAGGACAGGAAAUGACGCAGAAAUAGGAAGUAGCUGAAAAAUGACUUUGGAGUCGGCAUCAAUCAGUGUCAGCAUUAGUAUGUUCAAUCUUUUCCUUGUAAAUAAUAUAUUUAACUCUUUUCACUUUGUACAGUAAACAGACAGACAGGAUGUAACUUUCAAUAUGUUUUACAGCAAUUUAAGAAAUAAAGAAAACGACAAUAAAAGUCAUAAAAACAAAAAAUACACAAACAAAAAUAUGCAAAAUAUAGUUAAGACACAAAUAUUACUAAUCAUAAGUGAUAUAAUUGAACCUCUUUUUCUUUCAAUCUCAUGUUUACUUAAUUAUGAUAGUUUACCAAUCAGUAUAAUGAUUAUGUUAAGAAUUAUGCUUUUUCUUAUUUUCACUAAAGUGUUGGAAAUUGAGGAUAAUUUACUGUAGGUGUAGACGUUUUGGUGAUAAAAGGGGAAAGUUUAGUUUUAGGAGUCUUUGCUAAGUUUCCCUUGAAUUGUGUUAGAUUCUCUCUUUUUAAGGUAAGCUGUUCUUCAUGCUUUUUCAGAUAAAUCCAAUUAUCUACACAUUUAUGUAAUACAAUAUUACAUGUAUACAUAGAUGAUAUUUGCAUAUAGAGGCAGUAUAUUGUGAUCUUUCAUUUUUAAGCAGCAAUCCUUGUUAAAAACUUACAAGAUAUUUGUGUUUUUGUUGCCCGUUUUUUGACCUGGGCUCUAAUGGUGAUUGCACACAGAAUUUAGAGCCAUCGUUGGCCCGGCCUAUCCUGUUCCCUCUCUAUGUUUGGGAUAGACAUCACUGUGGUAAAGGAAGAUAUAUAUAUAUAUACACACAUAUAUAUAUAUAUAAAUAUAUGUACACACAUGCACACAGAAAUAGACACAUGUACACACAAACGCACACUGGACGUUUCCCAGUGUUGUUGUGGGUAAUAUUGCUGAGAAUUUCAGCACAGUACUGUUGAAAACCAUGAAAGAGUGUAGUUUCAUCUUUAGCGAGAAUCCAUUUGGAGCUGAAAUGCAUUUGUGCAACCCCUUAUUAAAAGGUAAAACAUUUGUUCUGUCAUAUCUCAUUUUGGUUUUGCUUCAGGGGAAUCAGCUGUUGUUGCAAUGUUUUAACUCACAUCUUACUACACUCUGUUAUUUGACAGCGAAAACACAGAAAUGUUUUAGAUUGUAAUUUAUUUUGCCCAACCUUGUACAUUGCUUGUUUCUCAGUGUAGGACGGGAAAUAUAAUUUGUAAAUUGUUGUGUACAUAUGCAAUUUUGUCCUCGUGCCAUCAUAAAUAAUUUCCCCACUCCUCUUCUUCUUCUGUGCGCUACUGAUUCCAAUAAGUCUCUAUAAUCUUUUCCCCAGCCCUCAGAGAAGAAAUUCAUCUCUCCUAUGUUUUUCUCCUCAACUGCUUUCAUGUCUAGAGGGUUGAUUGAAAAGUGAAAAAUGUUAUCUGUGCGCACAUAAACACUGUUAGCUUUGCAUAUUUUUCAUACAAGUUCAUUCUCCUCAUUUGCAAUAAACAGCAUGACUGAACAUGCUCUUACAAUACACUGUAUGUGCCAAUAUAUCAGGUCCUGUUGGGUUUUUUUUUUUGUUUUUUUUAAGCAGUGGAAGGCUUGGCUAGGUCCAGUUUCCAGCUACCGGUUGGACAGUCAAGGUGCAUCUGACACUGUGGUAAACAUGCUAUCAUCAGGCCUUCGCCCUCUCCCAGCUGCUCAGUGUGUGCAGGUCGGGCAGUGAUGCAGAGGAAGCGGGCUCGUCGAAAGUCUUUAUUUCCCUUCAGGCCAAAACUGGCCCGAGCCUCCCUUCUCUGCACACGAGCACGCCACAACACAUUUGUUCAUACUGUUCAUGUAGAGCAAAAAUACUGUGUCAUUUUCUGUUUUUUUUUAUAAGAGAAAUGGCUCUGGCCAGUUUAAUGGGGCUGGAACAUCUGGAGAUGGAGGUAAAUGUAAAUAUCACCUCAGCUGACGUGUUACAGGGACCAAAUAACAGCAUGACAUGGUCAGCUGCAGGGACUGAUGAACCGGCUACAGUCACAUGGGGAAAUGUUUGUUUUGUUUCUGUUUGGGUUUUUUUUUUUUUUUUUCAUAAAAACUGUAUUUGAGAUGUUUGUUUUCCAUCAGUAUUAGUGGGGACUGAGCCACUUGUAUGAUUUUUAUCUCAUAAAGACGAGAAAAACUGUGAAUACGACUGAAUUGAAGCCCAAAAGAUUUAGCAUUAUUUUCCAGCCCAUUAUUUAUUCCAUAGCUUGUUUUCUAGUGUUUUUAAAGGUCUGUCUCUGUGAAUGUGUUUAAAUAUGUAUUGACAUUUAUAUUGAUGCACUUAAAAUUUUCUAUUAAAUUGUGUACACUUUUGUUUGCUCACUAUUUCACACACUUUUAAAACACUUUUCUUUGCCUGGUAUCAUGAUGUAAGGGGUUGCUACUAAAUGUAUUUCACAAGUUGAGCAGAAAGCGAUGAAAACACUCAUAUUCACUGAUUAAAUUAACUGUGGGUUGACAAAAUGUAACAUAUGAAUAGUAUCAAUUGUAUACAUAAUGAUAUACAUAAUAUUAUUCUUGGCCAUUUUUUUCUCUUUUUGUGGCCCUUUUCUUUGAAAUAAUGCCAAAAUUUUUACACCAUACAGACAGAAAACUACACAAAAACAAAUAAUUGUACAGGUUGUGUAAAUACUGAAUAUUGGGGGAAAACAUUUACCUUCUUUUUUUUGUAUGGAAAUGAUUAAAGUAAUCUCAAUAACGGAGUUAACCACGUCAUGACAAAAUUGCAAAAACAUCAUUAAGGUACUUCUAAUAAGGAUAAUACUGAUAUCUACAAUUAUAAGUGCUCAAAUAAGACUAUUCUUUCUCUUUGUACAUGAUGAACAAACUGAAGUGUUGAGUAUUAAUAAUAAAAAAACUAUAAGUUUCAUGCA